AUGUCAUCCUCAGUCUUAGGAUUCUCCCCGUGGCGGAAGAGAGCUUCCAGCCUCACCUCGCAGACGGACCAAUCGCAUCAUGAUCGCACAGAUGCAGCGAGCCACGCUGAGAGCUCGAUGCUCGAGGCCGGAAAUGCCCAACACCAGCAGCUGUCCUCCUCCGUCGGAUCUGCGCAAGGUUACAGGGAACCCAUUCGCUCUUUCAUUCAUGCCUCACUACGAGAUCAAUUGGCCCCGGUAGACAGCGCGCAGAAUGCGAGGAGUGUUCGCGAAGACACCGCCGAGCUGGCGCGAUACCUCCUCUCCGAUGGCCCAGCUCAGCGUCGCCCGAGCUUUCUCCAAAGAAGCAGACCGUCCCUUAAUGAAGUCUUCGGGCCAGAGUUUGGAGAUGCCGAUUCCAUCGAGGGGAGCAUUCGGCGUUCAUCGGGCACUAUACCCGAAGUCACUGAACCGCCGUCGCCAGAAGAUAGGGAACAGGGUGAUCAGGCAGCCGGGGAAGAUGGACCUUCUGCGCUCGCAAACCUACUCAAGAACUCAUCUCCCCCGUCCUCGGUAUCUGAACAAACAAAGAUCCCGCCACCUCGGUUUGAGAACCUCGAAGCUGGACAAUCUCAGUCCUCGCACAUUGAUGAGAUACAACAGCGCCCAGAGACAAGCGAAACGGAGGCUUCAGAGUACACCCCUCUUCUCGACAGACCGGACCUUGGAUCGGGGACCAGUAGCAGUAUUGACAUUGAAGGACAAAAGACGUCGGCUAGGAAAAGAUGGCUACAGGGAGUCACCGAACAAGGCCGGAACGUAGAGCGUCGCCUCGUCCACUUGGCCAAAGUGGCGUCCCGUCCGGGUAGCUGGAAUCGAAAGGCCAUUUGGCAGACUGCCGUGGUGGAGCCUGUUUCUUGCCUUCCAGCCGUCGCCGUGGGCUUGCUCCUGAACAUCUUGGAUGCCUUGUCAUACGGCAUGAUCUUGUUUCCGCUCGGAACCCCUUUAUUCUCUCAUUUAGGAUCUGCUGGUAUCUCCAUCUACUACGUCAGCACCAUAGUGGCACAACUUGUCUUCUCCACGGGCAGCAUAUUCAAGGGUGCUGUGGGAUCUGAGCUGAUUGAGGUCGUUCCCUUCUUCCAUAACAUGGCAGCCACGAUUCUGGAUAUCGUAGGUGAAGAGAACCCCGAUGCGGUCAUUGCCACAACCAUUGUCGCCUAUGCCCUGAGUUCUAUGUUGACCGGUUUGGUAUUCUACCUCAUGGGCCGAUUCAAGUUCGGGUUCAUGGUCGGGUUCAUCCCCAGGCACAUACUGAUAGGAUGCAUUGGAGGCGUCGGUUGGUUCCUGAUCGCCACCGGUUUCGAAGUCUCGGCCCGGCUAGAAGGCAGCCUCGAGUACGACCUCGAUACGCUGCAAAAGCUCAUGGACACCAAAACGAUACCCCUCUGGAUAUGUCCUCUGAUCCUGGCCAUUAUUCUGUUCUAUGGCCAGAUGAAAGGCGCAUCCAAAUACUUCCUCCCCUUGUUCAUUUUGGCCAUUCCUCUGGUCUUCUACCUUUUCGUCUUCUCGCUUGAUGUACUAGAGCCGAGCACUCUCCGAGAUCACGGUUGGAUUUUCGUUGGGCCUCCGCCAGAUGAACCUUGGUGGUAUUUUUACACGCUGUAUCAGUUCCAUCUGGUACACUGGGGGGCUAUCAUCCAAGUGAUCCCGGCCAUGUUUGCCUUGACCUUCUUUGGCAUCCUCCACGUUCCGAUCAAUGUCCCCGCGCUGGCACUCAAUUCAGGGGAGGACAACGCCGACUUGGACAAGGAAUUGAGGCUCCAUGGAUACUCCAACUUUGUUUCAGGAUGCCUAGGCAGCAUCCAAAACUACCUCGUUUAUGCCAAUACCGUCUUCUUCUUGCGAUCCGGAGGCAACAAGCGGCUUGCCGGUUACCUGCUUGCGCUUCUCACAUUCGGCGUCAUGGUUAUUGGCCCUAGCAUCAUUGGUUGGAUCCCAGUGAUGAUGGUUGGAACGCUCAUUUUCGACCUUGGCUUCGAGCUACUGCUCGAAGCAGUAUGGCUUCCACGAAAGAAGCUCAGGCCUGCAGAGUACAUGACCGUCAUCAUCAUCGUCCUAGUCAUGGGCAUCUACGACUUUGUGGUGGGCAUUGGCGUUGGCAUCUUGCUGGCGUUUGUGUCGCUCACCAUCCAGACGUCGAGGGUAUCCGCCAUUCGAGCAAUCUAUGAUGGCGAAGUCGUGACUUCGACUGUCAGACGGAAUCCGUCACAGGAUAGCUACCUGCAACAGGUUGGCCGGCAAAUUCACAUCAUGAAGCUCACCGGCUUCUUGUUCUUUGGCACCGUUGUCAGCGUGGAGGCCAAGAUACGCGAGCUUCUAGACGAGCACACGUUUGCUCGGAAGCCGAUCAAGUUCCUCAUUCUCGACAUGUGGCAUGUUACUGGACUUGACUACUCCGCGGGUGAAGCCUUCAACACGAUCAGCCGGUUAUUGAACAAUAAAGGGGUGCACCUCAUUCUCAGUGGCCUGGAUGCCGAUAGCGAACUUGGCCGGAGUCUCAGGGCCGUGGGGCUAGGGAGCGGGGGUAUUGAGGUCAUGAUGCUGCCGGAUCUGAACUCGGCCUUGGAAAGCUGCGAGAACGAAUUACUCAAGACGCUCUACGCCCAGCAGGAGCAGCUAAGCACGCCGAAGCAUGCCACCGCUAAUCUGGACGUGCCAACGACGUCGACGACACUGGACUCUUUCGACCCGCCGUUCAACUCUCCGCGCCGCAACCACCUCGUGGAGGCGGCCUACGACGCACUCAACAGUGUCGACAUACAGCGCAGAUCGAGAUGGCAGAGCUUUAAUGAACCUCUGCGACUGAUGCUGCAGAUAUUCCAGGGCCUGAGCGACAAGAAUGAAGAUUUCUGGUUCCAGGCAGCCUCGUACUUUGCACGCAAGGACUACCCCGCCGGCACGGUCCUGUUCCGGCGUGGCGAGCCUGCGGACGGCUUCUACCUCCUCGAGCGCGGCAUCAUCCGAGCAGAAUACGACCUCCCCCAGGGCCGGCUCUGCGAGAGCAUCGUGGCGGGAACGACGCUGGGCGAGCUGCCCUUCUUUUCCGAAACCAGCCGGACGGCGACGGCGCAGGUCGAGAGAGACUGCACCGUCUGGGUGAUGGACACGGAGGCGUGGAAGAGGCUUCAGCAGAAGGAGCCGGAAAUUGCGAGGGAGUUUUUGAAGAUUUCGUUGAAGCUGACGAGUGAGCGGAUGAGCGCAAUCACGUCGUACAUCUUGACUACGGCUGGUUGA